AUGCACUGCGAGCUCUCAACGUUCUGCGACCAUGAGCUCAUCGCCGCACGGGGAAGACAAUGGGAGGAACCGUUCUAUCGACAGGACGCUUCCGAGACAAAAAGCUACGCAGAGGACGACAUGGUAUUCGACGACACAGCUGAGAAACGACCCGGACAACUCCACGUGGGACCCAACACUGUCAUUUUACGAAUGACAGGACCCGAAUGCGCCAAAUGA